GGCAUAUAAACGCAAAAUGAGCAGCCAGUAGCGCACUGAGCCAGUCGAGGAAUUCAACAGGUACCUAUUGACAUUUCCCUCUUUCUCUCUGUCGGCCCUCUGCGCUGCACGCAUUCUGUGUGAUGGACGGAAUUAAAGACUCCACGGAUUGGAAAGCGUUCGCUCUGCAGUAAUCUGGAAUAUUGCACCUCGGAGAUAUUUUGAUCAGUUUGGAGUCAUUUAAAGCCAUUCCAAGAGGGUUCUUUAGUCAGCACCAGCAUUCUGCCCGUCAUGAAGAGGUCUCUUCCUUUGCCGGGCCCGGUCAGAGCAGGCUUGUUCCUAUGUUUGACCCAGACUGCCCUGGCCAUCGUCCUCACCAACUCCACGCAGCUGGAGUCCAUCUUGGACAAGUACAGGGACGAAGAGUGGUGGAGCGCCAGGUCGAGGGGGAGGAGGGCCAUCAGCGAGGGGGACAUGCACCUCAUCCUGGACUUGCACAACAAGCUGCGGGGGCAGGUUCACCCUCCUGCCUCCAACAUGGAGUAUAUGGUAUGGGAUACCGAGCUAGAGAGGAGCGCGGAACACUGGGCACAUACCUGCCGAUGGGAACACGGGCCGAGCCACAUGUUGACACAAAUAGGCCAGAACCUUGGAACGCACUGGGGCAGGGAUCGCCCCCCUACCUACCAUGUCCAGGCCUGGUAUGAUGAGGUGAGGUACUACAGCUAUCCUUACUCCCAGGAAUGCAACCCACACUGCCCAUUCAGAUGUUCAGGACCUGUUUGUACUCACUAUACUCAGUUGGUGUGGGCUACCAGCAAUCGUAUCGGCUGUGCCAUCAAUGUGUGUUACAACAUGAACGUGUGGGGGAUGAUCUGGACUAAAGCUGUCUACCUGGUCUGCAACUACUCUCCACCAGGCAACUGGUGGGGUCAUGCUCCAUACAAGUAUGGAACUCCGUGUUCUGCAUGUCCAGCUAGCUAUGCUGGAGGCUGCAGGGACAAUCUCUGCUACAAAGAUGGUGGUGUUGACAGGCGUCCAGCUCCUGAGAUUGAGGAGACCAACUACAUUGAACCAGAACCGGAACCAGUUAUGGACAGGGAACCCCGACCCAGGGCCCAGACACCAAAUCCCUCACCCAAUGACAACCUUGAGCGAAACCAGGUUGUUAGCACGGAGCAGAUGUGUCAACAGGUCGACUGUGAGACCAAGCUGAGAGAUCAGUGCAAGGGGACGACUUGUAACAGAUACGAGUGUCCGCCAGGCUGCCUCGACAGUCCUGGAAGAGUUGUUGGGACGGGAUACUAUGACAUGCAAUCCAGCGUGUGUGGAGCCGGUUUACACUCUGGUGUUAUUGACAAUGACGGAGGAUGGCUGGAUGUGACCAGAGUGGGCAGAAAGCAACAAUUCACUAAGUCAUACAAGAAUGGCAUCCAAUCAAUUGGGAAAAAUAGAAGCGCAAAUUCCUUCAAAAUAGAGUCGGUGCCUGUCAAGGCACUAUCAUGCGACACGACCGUUGCACUUUUCUGCCCUUUCAAGAAACCCAUACGACACUGUCCCAGGUCGUAUUGUCCACGGAACUGUCGGCGUGAUAGUGUGGCCCGAGUCAUUGGGACAAAAUACUAUUCAGAUAAAUCCAGCAUCUGCCGAGCAGCUGUUCAUGCUGGGGUGAUCCAGAAUGAGUCAGGAGGGUACCUCGAUGUGAUGCCUGUUGAUAAAAGGAAGCAGUACAGUAGCAGCUAUCAGAAUGGCAUCACCUCAGAGAGCCUACUGAACCCAACGGGUGGAAAAGCCUUCAGAGUGUUUGCAGUCAUCUGAAAAACACCCUCUCAACGGACAGAGUACCAUGCGAGAUGGCCACUUCACAUCCAGCAAACCCACUCAUUAUCAUCCUGCAACCUGUAAUUACAUUCAUUGCUGCGAUAAAUACCUUGACCUCUGAUGCUUAAAGUUUAACGUGGCUUUUCUCAAGGUUUCCCCUCUCAGUUUGGUCACGAGGAACCCGUGGCAAAUUACAUUCCAGCAAAGGCUGUUUUCGCGAUGAUGCUCUGGGAUAUCUUUGGCAUUACGUCUCAUCUACAUUUCAGGUGCUGACCAUAAUAACCCCACUCGGCUGCCAUGCCUCUUUCAGACGUGAUAUCAUGACUUCAGGUUUUUCACUUAGUAGAACAUACAGCACCAGACUUAGCUCUGCUCCCAACUUGAAGGUCAUUUUAUAACCUCAGAGAUUGUACAAAAAUAAUUUUUGAUUUAGUAUGGCCACACCACUUCCGGUUUCUUAAAGUCGCAACAAAUCGAGCACCAGGCACACGUGCUGGUCUGCACGCUUACCUGAGCUGUGUAGCAGCGUUGUGUUUGUUGGGAAUGACCCAUGUGGCUAUGGUUCAAUUGUUGCACAUUGAAGAUAGACUUAAUAAUAUCAUACAUUUGUUUAAAUAUUAAAUAUGAUUUACCAUACAUCAGGCCAUACCCACAUAAAGAGAGAUGUUUCAAAUGUAUCAAAUUCUUUUUGAGUCUUUGCCUCCAUAUAUCAUUUAUAUCAAAGUGGUUAUUUAAUAUAGCAACAAUGCUAUUUUUCAUUAACAUUUUCAUUAACACGUUGCCAGCCAUACUAAGAGCAAUAUGAGCAGUAACCAGUAUAUGCUGAAACAGAUUCUGCAUGCCAAUCGUAUAUUUGUCAUUCAAGCGUUUAUAUUUUCAUAAAGGACAAUCAUUAUAUUCACCUGUUUGUAAAUAGUGUAAUUGUAACAUAUUGAUUUAUUUUAUGCAGCAGUUUCCAGCAAUUGUUAAUAGAUUUAUAUAAAUGGACCCUGGCUGGCCAGGAAUGUGCAUGGCAGAAUCACAAUUAAAAUACUUGUGUAAUAAAUUCA